AACUUAACCUUAAAGUGGGUGAGGCUAAAUUGAAACUGAGACUAAGCAUAGUUUAUGAAAAGACACUAAAAAGUGUUGAGAGGAGAAUUGAUUUUUAAGAUCAUUAUUUUUAAUGUAGCCUAAUUUGAGUUGAUAUUCUGACUGUUGUGUCGUUUGUAAUGGACGUAGCUAAACUGAACGAGUAUGCACAGAAAGAGCGCUUGGAGCCGCCGAAGUAUGAGGACGUUGGAUGUGUUGGCCCUGCUCACAUGAAAACAUUUACUAUCAGAGCAGUCCUGGGUGGUAAGGCGUAUCCUGAUGGUGUGGGGAAGAGCAAGAAGGAAGCCAAACAGAACGCAGCAAAGAAUGCUCUGAGAGUCUUGUUUGGAAAGCCAGAUGACUCUCCUGGAGAGGAGAAACAGAGUGGUGCAUCAAGCCAACCAGAGGAGGAAUUGGAUCCAAAGGUGUCAGACAUCUGUGAUAAGAUAAGGAGCGUGAGUGUGAGAACCAAAGACGAAGGUCUUACAAAGACAAAUUUCAUAGCAAUCGUCAACAGCUACUGUCAGAAAAAAGACAAACACCCUGAUUACAUCUUAGUGGAAAAACAUGGUCCACCUCAUAACCCUCAGUUUUUCUACAAAUUAAGGAUCGACAAUAAGGACUACCCUAUGGGUGAAGGAAAGACUGCCAAGGAAGCCAAACAAAAUGCAGCUGGCUUUGCUUGGUCUGCUCUUCAGGAACAAACUGACUGGGAUAGCAAGGUGUCCGUUAGAUCAACAGUGUCUGAAGAUGGUGAACCAUCUAUGUUGUCAGUGCCGUCAGCUACCCCGGAGUCCCAUGAAUCAUCAACACAAAGCACGCCAGUGAUCACAUUCAAAGAUUCAACCCUAUCUAAGGCUCAGGAUGCUGUCAAAGACAAGAAUAUGGGAAAUGGUCCAAAGGAGACAUCCACCCAGUCAAGGUUUACCUCAGACUUCGAUCCCAUGGAGUGCCUUGGCAGAGGAGCCUUUGGUCGUGUUUACAAAGCAAGACACAAACUGCUAGACAAGUUUUAUGCUGUAAAGAUCGUCUGCUGUGACAAGAAAUCUCUUCGAGAGGUGGGGACAUUGUCUGACCUCCACCACCGUAAUAUCAUCAGAUACUACACAUUUUGGAUGGAGGAUUCAGGAUACAAAGGUGACAAUGACAUCUCCCACCAAUCUACAGAAAAUUCAUCAGCAAAGUACCUCUAUAUUCAGAUGGAGUUAUGUGUCACCAAAACACUGAGAGGGUGGAUUGAUGAGAAGAACACUCAGCCUCUGCAAGACUCCAAGAGAAGAGAAGAAAGUCUAAGAAUUGCUCAGCAAAUAGUCAGUGGAGUCGAAUAUAUUCACUCUGAGAAGCACAUUCACAGAGACCUUAAGCCUGCAAACAUCCUGUUUGGCCUGAAUGGAGAAAUAAAGAUUGGGGACUUUGGUCUGGUCACCAGGGAUGAUGAUGGCUCUUUUAUGGACAGAACAGAGAACAAAGGAACCCCCAUCUACAGGGCUCCUGAGCAAUGGAGGGAGAGGAACUAUGACCGAAAAGUGGACAUAUUUCCUCUGGGGCUGAUAUACUUUGAACUCCUUUGGAAACUCCCUACUGGCCAAGAAACACGUAACACUGUUUUGAUUGAUGCCAGAAAUCAGAAGCUCCCAGAUGACUUUUCACUGACUUUUCCUGAAGAGAACCAACUCAUCAAGUUGAUGCUGCAUGUGAAGCCAGAGGACCGUCCUGAAGCAAGUAAACUGAGGGCAGAGCUGGAGAAGUGGGCGCAGACAUUCAACUCACAAAAUGUCUCUGAGGAAAGUUACAGCUCUCUCUUGAUGGAGGAAAAUAAAAACUACAUUGCUGAACUACAUAAGUUUGCACGGGGAACAGGCUGUGAGCUGAAAUAUGAGGACAUGGUCUCCUGUUCAGCUCUAUUUGAUAAUGGUGCACCAGCCAAACCGUCCACACCACCGACUACACUGGAGUCCAGUGAUCUACAAUCAAAAAGAGUGGCAUCAACUUCAUGUGACUCAGUUGUUUUCACCAAUUCAUCAAGUCCUCCCAUGGAUCAGGACCAAAAUCCUGUUGUGAAGCCCAAAAGUCGAAAAUUAAUACGUUUACAAGAUGCCUGUGAAAGCAGCAAAGAGGAUGUGAUUAUUCCCAGAAAAAGGAACACAGGAAACAGCCCCAGUGAGAAUAUAUCAGCUCAAAUCUCAAGGUUUACAUCAGAGUUUGACUCUAUAGUGUGCCUCGGCAGAGGAGCCUUUGGUUGUGUUUUCAAGGCAAAACACAAACUGACAGGGAAGGAUUAUGCUGUAAAGAUCGUCCUCUGUAAAGAAAAAGCUCUACGAGAGGUGAUGGCUUUAUCAGACCUCAGUCACCGCAACAUUGUUCGAUACUUCUCAAGUUGGUUGGAGGAUUCAAGAUACCAAUGGAACAGUGCAGAUGACAGCUGCAGCACUUCACAGUCUUCUAUUGAUGAUUCAUCGGUAAAGUGCCUCUAUAUUCAGAUGGAGUUGUGCAGCACCAAAACACUCAGAGUGUGGAUAGAUGAGAAGAAUAUUCUGAAUGUGAAGAAAUCUCUGCGAGACUCUAAGAGAAGAGAUGAAAGUCUAAGCAUUGCUCAGAAAAUAGCCAGUGCAGUUGAGUACAUUCACUCCAAGAUGCUCAUCCACAGAGACCUGAAGCCUGCCAACAUCAUGUUUGGGCAAGAUGGAGAAGUGAAGAUCGGAGACUUUGGUCUGGCCACUAAUGAGAACGAUGACAUCGCUGAGAACCUGAUAGAGAGAACUUGUUACAAAGGAACUCCAUCUUACAUGGCUCCUGAGCAAAAGAGUCAGAAGAAUUAUGACCGAAAAGUUGAUAUAUUUGCUUUGGGGCUGAUAUUCUUUGAGCUCCUUUGGAAUAUUCCCACUGCUCAUGAAAGACAUGUGGUUUGGAAAAACGUCAGAACACAGAAAUUUCCUGUAGAGUUUCAACGUAAAUUCCACCAAGAGUACAUUAUAAUAAAGCCAACGCUGUGUGAGAAGCCAGGAAAGAGACCCGAGGCAAGCAAGCUCAAGACCGACUUGGAACAGUGCUCUCGCACGCUCAACACUCAAGAACUAGUGCGUCGUGGCAGCAGGACGGUCUGAUGAUUUUAAAAAAACAGCUGUUUAUAUCAUUCUACCCAUGAAGCUGAGGGGUAUUCCAGAAAGCGGGUUUAGUGAAAACUGAGUAUGUUAACCCUGAAAUGAGGGAAACUCUGGGUUUUCAGUUCCAGAAAGAGAGGUAAAUCAAACUCUGAGUCAAUCCCCAUGGCAAUUGACUCUGAACCUAACCUGCUCGCUGGCAGGUUUUCUUUAAGAAACCCUGAGUUUUUCUCUGUCUCCUCCCUCUUGCACGCUGUUUCCUUUCCUCAUUCAUUCCGUCCGUGUCAAAGCUUGUAUCGAAGUACAUUAAUUAGCGGAGAUUUACCGUCUGUCACAGUCUAAAUCCUGCUGGAUAUUAGUUUGUUACUCAGGACUGUCUUAAGUUACUGAAUUUAUGCACAUCAAUCAUUUCUUUGGACAUCAGCUUUUGUCUUUACAUUCAAAUAUUACACAGCGAGAAUUCACCCUCAACUCAGAAUCAAACCUCUGUCCUUUUUAUAUUUAUUAUUUUUUAUAACACUGUGCACAAGGAUCAGACUGUCAGUCUGUUAGAGCAGCUCCCAAAUGUUUAUUGCACAUAAUGUGUAGGUCUAAUUAUUUAAAUUUUAAAAAUCGGUAUGAAGCUUUAGACACGUAGUAUCAAUGACUAAUGAUCUCUAUCACUGAUGUCAUUGGUCGCACUGAUGGAACAUAAUUCCUAUAGCCUAAUAUUGGGGAUUAUAUGUUAAUAUUUCUGAGUGAGCAAUGGUGCAGCAUUUCAGUGUCUUUAAAUUUACUACAUUUGUAGCUGAAAUAAAGUCACUGAAUGCUGUUGAGUCAAGAUACAAAUAGAUGUCCAACAUUUUAAAAUCUACUGUAUUUUAACCUCAACGUCUUUUCAAGUGCAAAUCACCAAACAUAUUAUUACUGGGUCAGACUGUGAGUUUACAGUCAUGUCUUUAUGUCUUUGAUCUAUAGCCUAGCCUAUAUGUUUUAAAUCUUCCUAUUUUUCAGUUGCUGCCUCCUGUGUUUUUCCCCAUCAGAUUAAAUCUGAACAAAUAUAUUAUUAUAUAUUAUUAAUAUAAUGUAAUGUAUCUACAGCCUGAUACACAGCCACUUUAUCUGCAUUAAGGAAAUGUAAGUCUGAUAAAUGAUGAAUAAACGGACAACACUGAAUAAAACUCUUUUAUUAACUUUAUGGUUAACUUAUUUACACUUUCCUCGCUCUGACUCAGGCUCUUCUUUUAAAGAUAAACGUGUACCAUCUGCUACACACGCAUUAAUAUCUCUACAUUCACUGGAUUAAAAUGGAGGCCUGUCUUUUAUUUACCUGUUGCCAUGGUGAAUCGUGGAGUCGGAGCUCCAUUGAUGAUGGCUUUUUAUUGUCGGCUUAACUCAGAGUGAACAUACUCAGAGUUGACUGAACUAACACGAAUCAGCUGUUCUGGAACCGGUAACUCAGAGUUUCCCAUCUCAGGGUAAAUCAACUCAGAUCUCAGGGUUAGACUCAGAGUUUGUUGAACCUCCUACCUGGAAUACCCCUCUGGUCUGUUAGGAUCUCCAGUGUAGAGCUCAACCGAUUCAUUGGUUUGGCCGAUUAAUCGAUGCCGAUAGGACUUUAUGUGAAUUAUUAUUAAUGGCGGAACGGGGUUCUGAUAGUAGCCGAUGGCUGUAUCCUCCACUGGUCACGUGGGUACAGCCAUAAGGAUUUUGCACAGCUUUACUUCUCAAGUAGGGGAAUAAUAAGGUUGCUGGUUUUAGAAUAGCAUUAUGUGCUUUCUCUGUUUUGCUAGCAGGAGUGGUCGUUAAAUUUCUGCUGGCAUUAAGUAGCAAUCCCAUCACUAGCAAUGUGUGAUAAAAAAACUAAUAAUAAUCUAAACAACUAUUAAGUCCUAAUUACUUUGAGACUGGGUGGAGCCGGUUCUCAGUGCACUUCAGCCAUAAAUGCAAAACAAACUUUCAUUCUCAUUUUUCACCGUACGUCAGCUAUGAUUUUCUCAGAUAGCAAUUAUCCCCGCAAUUUUCUGGCGAUUAUAGAAUGUGACUUUGUCCCCGGGGAAUAGCUGAUUUUACCGCAAGGCUGUUGAGUGCCGUUCAGUUGUCUCUCGGAGCUGUUCUGUGAUCAUCUGCUUUGCUAGAUUUUUAAAAUUUUACUGCUUUUCUUAUGCAGUGGGGGAAUAAAUUCCCUCAUAACAAUGAUUUUAUUCAGUGUUAUGAGCAGGCCACAUUUAAGCUUUUUGAAGACCUACAUAAUAGGAUAAGAAACCUUUCAGCUUUCCAUACCAAUUUGGAGUCGGCCUACCCUCUUUCAAAUAAUCCAGCCACGUAAUUAUCCAUUGAUUAAAUUCAGUCACCCAGUUUGAUCCUCCUUUGUUUUGGCACUAUGUGCCCAAAACAUAUAAUCCACUUGGGACAAUAAAGUUUACUUUAUCGUAUCUCAAAGCUCCCCCUAAAACCAGCUUGGUGCCAUAGGCGUCGAUUCUGUGCUUCGGGGCCCAAGCAGCAAAGGAGAAGUCCAAGCACUCACGUUUGCCAGCCUACAGCUGAAAGCAAAGGUUAAAGCACAAGGCUGCAAGGAGCAACACUUUUCUCUUAAAGACUCAGCAACAAAGGUAGUACAUUUAAACAUUAUAAAUGAGAAGUUGACUAAACGUUCAGAUUAUAUACGCAGUCUAACCAACUCAUGUUCACAUUUUGCAGCAGUGCCGUGAUCCUGCUCACUCAGGAAUAUUAACAUAAUUUCACAUAUUAUAGCAAUUAUGUUCCAUCAGUGCUACCAAUCAUCCAAUCAUAUCAUGCAUUGAUCCUAUGAUCCUACGUGUCUAAAGCUUCAUACCGAUUUUUUUAAAUUCUUCUCAAGUGUUAUUGGCCAAUUGCUAUCGGUUCUUUCCUGCUCCAAACUGUCAUCAUUAUAUCGGCUAUUAAAAAUCCACUUUCGGUUGACCUCUACUCCAGAGUAUGUUAAAUAUUUUACAAUACUUUUAUACACAUUUUUAAAUCAUACAUUUCUGUGAUUUUAUAUGACAUCUUGUUUUAGUCAGCAAUAAGGAAUGAGCAAAAAAAUGCAUUGCUUUGUUGUGCACUUUGUGCUUCUUUUUGAAAACGUUGCUGAAAAAUCAUAAAUGUAUGAUCUGAAUAAGGUUAAAUUAAUUUUAUAUUCUGCCAUCUACUUUAUUUUGAUUUUCGAGCUGUGCUUGUCCUAUGAAUUUAAGCCAGACGUCACAGUCUCGUUGAUGUGACAGAUAAAUGUACACCGCAGGACAUGUUUGCAUAUGUUCUACAGUCUUUGUUGAAACAUUAUUUUUAAAAUAUGUUUUAUGUCUAAUUGGAUAAAGAGUAACUAAACCCCAGAGUUUUGGCUGAAGUGAAAAAAGUAUCAACAUGGGCUGGUCUAGGAGGGGCUAAGGCAUGCACAGUCACUUUUUGGUGCUGUGGAGGAGUACAGUGGUGGUGAGGAGUGGGUUGGUUGGUGACAAAUGCGAUCCUUGCUAGAUGGUAACCCUGGAUUUUUGAAAGUCUUGUGAACUGCUUUAAAAUAUUCUUGGGGGGGUUCGGUGCUUUGCUCAAGAGCACCACGGCAGUUCCCAGGAGGUGAACUGGCACCUCUCCAGCCACUAGUCCAUGCUCCAUAUUUGGUACGAAUGGGGACCUGAUCAGGCGACCCACCGGUUCACCAACCCAAGUCCCCAUGGACUGAGCUACCGUGACCACGACUGACAAAAGCUGCCACCAGAUCAGCCAAUAGCAGAAUUCAAUUACAAAAGCCAGGUUUCAACCAGUACAGAGCGGUUGCUGUGCAUUUUAUAACAGAAGCAUGCAGAAUUUAAAAUACUUUUCACUAAAAUGUCAAGAUUUGGAUCAAAAUCCAUCGACAACAAUCCUCAAUACCCAUAUGCAUUAGUUACUCUUUACUGUAUACAGACACUGCCAAUGUUUGUAAUUCAUUUUUCUAUAUUGUAUUUUCUUUUUGCAUGCAGCCUUCAGUUUUCAGAACAUAACUGAGUCUUUC